AUGGCGGCUCCUUCCAGCACCCAAAAGCCGACGCUUGCUACUGAUGCAGGCACCGGAUCAGGGACAAAAGGAGAGAAACAGCCGUCUGACUCCGGGAAAUCGAAGCCUGCAGAUGGCGAAGGUGAUGGUGGAUCAGAGGAGCCACCGCAUGUCCUGAACGUGGCACGCUUCCGCCGACUGAACUCGCUCAUCCACCGUGAGAACGUGGACGCGGACGAACUUCUGAAUCUUGUGGGGGGGGAUUACCGCGUGAACUUCAUGAAUGAUCCCCUGCUCAGCUUCGUCAUCGCCUGCAAGAAGCCCAAGCUCGCCGUCCGCCUCAUGGCCAAAAUAUCAUCAAAUGACAUUCUCAAGGCCAAAAACUUCAUCGGCGACACGGCGCUUCACGUAGCUGCCGCCAUGGACGACCAAGAAGUGGCCUCGGAGCUGAUCCGCAGGGUGCCAGAUCUCGUUCGUGUGCGGAACCGGAAGCAGGAGAUACCGCUACAUAAGGCGGCCCUGUACGGGCUGCAGGACAUGUUCUGGCUGCUGGUGGCCAAGAACAGCUCACCGGAAGCCCGGACGGAGGACGGCGACAGAAUGCUGCACUGUGCCAUCAUGGGCAAUGCGCCGGUACUCGCCUUGGAGAUCGCAAAGACUUAUCGAAUUCAGAUCGAAUCCCGGAAUGAGCACGCCCUCACUCCGCUGCAGCUGUUGGUGACCAUUCCAGAGGCAUUCCGAAGCCAAGUAGUUCUUGGGGCCCUCGACUCCUUCAUCUACGAAUGGAUUCCCUUGGAAGAGGACUCGAGUAAAAUGAACAAAAGGGAUGAAGAGGUGGCACUCAACAGAUCUAGCAUUGGAGUAGCACAAGACGAUAACUCGCCGAGGGCUUUUCGCUCAAAAUUCCCAUCAAACUACAGCACUCUCUUUGACCUGUUGGAGUUGAUCAGCAUCCCAGCUGGCUGGAUUCUGCGAUUUGUUUAUAACAUUAUAAGGCAAUUGUCCCCGAGAGUCCAACGUCUGGAGGGGAAGAAGAAGAACCAUACAGAAACAAUGCACCUUAUCGAAUACUUGGCCAAAGAAGGAUACUUCGAGUUCUUUGGGCGUGGAAAAGCUCCCAUCCAAGGUAGUACAUUUGCUUCACAAGAGCUUUACGGCCAAUUUGGUAUGCAUGGUCCACCAAACACUCAACCGGAGACUGGACGAGAAGGAAUCGGAAACACCGGUCUCAAUUGCAAUCAAAGAGGCGGCUCAGAGUGUGGAGAAAGUGUUAAAGGCACUGUCACCUAG